UGCUCUUUCAUUAGGCUGUACGCCACGCGACGUUUGCCUACAAAAUUGCGGUACGAAAAACUUAAUUUAAAAACGUCACUGUCAAACAUUUAGGCGCGAAUUUGCUACGUCAAAUUCCACAGAUUUAUAGAUACGGGGCGGGAAUGGCCAGAUGUUGGUUAUAUGUUUUUAAUUAUAACAUGUCUAGACAAUAUUAGACCAUUAAUCAGGCAAAUUAAGUUGGUAUCAUGUUAGGUGUGCGUUGUGUCGGUUAUUGUGUGUGUGUGCAGUCAUCAGCUUAUUGUUGUAAUCGAAUUAGCCGUAAUUAAAUUAGUACGGCGAGCGCCGUGGUAGAUCUCGUCCGUAUAAACAAAUAGGUUAUUAUUGAGGACAUUAUGAUAUUGGCCUUCUGUUUUCUUUGUUUCAGUUUCGUUUUGUUUUGACUGUGUGAAUAGUGCAAUCAUUAAAUCAGUGUUUUGAAUUUGUGAUUUAUCAAGUAAAACAACUUAUUGAGUUGAUUAGUCCAGAUUGAAGGCAUCUCAUUUUUCUUUUCGAGCAAGAGAAGCGGAGAGCUCGAAAACCAACACAGAAAUUAAAAAGCGAGCAAUUAACAUUCUGCGCGAUGGACCCCAGUAUUCUCGCAGCCAUGGACAAAGAGGCACUGAAAAAGCAGAUCGAAAAUAUGAAGUACCAAGCGUCCAUGGAACGCUGGCCGCUGUCUAAAAGCAUUGCAGCGAUGCGGGAGUAUGUAGAGGAAAAUGAGAAAAACGAUCCACUCAUACACGCCCCAGACAAGAAAAAUAAUCCAUGGGCUGAAAAGGGGAAAUGCAUCAUCAUGUAAUCAUUUAAAAUAAGUAAACAUAAAAUAUCACCAAAUUCUAAAAUACAUGAUUCCAUUAAAGGGAUGGGUGUGUGUCUGGUUGAAAUUAUUAGAGAAGAAACAAUUGGUAAUGCUCAAGAUAUAUCGAUAAAGGAUGCAUAGGAAAACAAUGAUUUGGACGAGUUAUAUAAUGAAAUGUUACUGCCAGACUAUAAAGAACAUAUUAAUACUCCAUCAAGAAGUUAAAAUGUAGUAACGCCAAGCUUAAGUUCUUAAUCGUUUAGUUUAUUUAUGUUAUGUAGUAUUCGUUCCCAAACAAAAUAAAUCUAGUCCUUAUAAUUCUAUAACAUUGUAAAGAAAUGUACAUUUUGACUGUGCGCGACGCAAGGAUGUACUUAUGAAUGUUCUGUUAAAAGGUAAAAAAAUGGUUGUAAAUACGUUAAAUUUUGUAUUUCUAGUAAUAGAAACGUUCGGUCAUGAAUCUAUCGGUAGAGGUAACUGGGAAAGUAAUUAGCGAACGCGGUAAAAUAAAAAAACAGUGUAAAUUAAUCUAAUUUCAAAAACGUAUGUUGACAACCUAAAUAUAUUAUUUGUUUUACUUAAGAAAUAUUAAUAUAUGUUGCAUGGUGAAAGUGAUGCCUUGAAAAUUACCGUUUAAAACAUAAAAUUUAAGAGUGUAUCGUGUGCGGAAGAACCCAUACAGUUCCAUACAAAUCAAAGCAACUUCCUCUUCCAUCUUUUUGUAUGGAGUUGAAGUGGAUUCUUGGGUAAACCAACUGAUUUGUGCUCGAUCAAGUGAAGCUAACUUGGUUGGUUUGGUGUGAACUUUUAAACAGUAUUAUGUAGUUUUUGUUUUGAUAUAAAAACUUUGUAAGAGAUCAACUUCGCUGGCGAAAUCUAGUCUAGAAGGUAAAAUGGUAACGAUAAUAUUAAAUGUGGAGAUUCCUUGAGCUCACGAAUCUUCGUAUUUAACUAAAGAUAAUUUAAACUAUAGGGUAAAUUGCUAAUCACAACUUAACAUGUAUUUGCUGGAUCACGGAGUUAGAAUGUUCGAGGAGAAUAAAUUUGGCAAUAAAAGGAGUUGAGGUGAGGUGUGAGGUAUAUAAGGAGAUGGUGUUAAACAUAGUAACAAAGAAGUAUAAAUGUAAGGUAACUUAAAAGAUUAAAUGCGACAUAAUCUUGUUCGAAACAAACGUAAUUGUUAAGCUGAUUUAGGAUACUUUUUUAUAAACACAGGUACAUUCCGCAGUGCCAUUAUCUAGUAAUGCUUCUAUAUAAAGUAACUCUUUAGCGAUUUCCCUUCUAUAAGCCAGUUUUAAUAUCAUAAUUUUGUCACUAUCCGUUGAAACCAAGUAAUUUACACAUUUAUUUCCCAUAUAGCAGAUUCCAUUUGUACCUAAAUAAUCUUGUUUUACUCUUUUUUAAUCUUGGCUUAAACAUAAAUAAUAUAUUAAUUAGAAUCUAUCAACUACGACUUUAAAUUUAGCACUUGAUUAGCUUAGUAUAAUUCAAAUAUAAAUUGAAAAAAAAAAUACCUAAGACUUUCAAAGUUUACUUAUUAACGCGACCUAUCGUAGUUUCCAAAUAAACUUCUUCUAAAUUAUAUCUAAGAUUUCUAGGUCUGGAACACAGAAACUUUUUCUCGUAUUCGAAGGUAAUACUUUCUGAAAUCGUUCGAUUUUCUAAUCUAAUGAUUGAACUUGGAAAAGUUUUUGUAUGUUCAGCCGAGUAGUUCUAUUAAUCUAACAUUCCAUUUAAAAGGAUUGCCUUUAAUCCUAAUUUUGAUUAAAAUAGAAAUGUUAAAACUUAUGCACUGUAGAUAAUUAUAGAUUAAAUUUAAAAGCUAACUUUAAACUAAAAUCUCUAAAUCUUUAAUAAAUACCUUCCCCUUACCAUAUCUAGACAUGAAGUAUGGAAAAUCAUUCUGGCUGUGAAUACUUCCAGUUUAUUUAGAUGCUUCACUCAUUGUCGUUAGUCGGAAAUUGCUGAGCAUCAUUCUCGUAUAAUUAAACAAUGUUAAAGGCGACAAUAAUUACUACUUAUACAGGAUCAAUGUAAGCGUACCAGCAGCUUUUACGAACCACCUAACUAAAUAUAUAACAAGAGAAUUCACGUCAAUUUAUUAUACGUACUUUUAUAAUAUUAUCUACAUCUUUAUCAUCAUUAGAAUCUUCAUCUCAUCUAUCUAUAUCUAUCAUAGUAUUAUAAUUUAACUCAUAUCUUCCUACACCUCUAAUUUCUUCAUUUCGUCUACCCUCUCUAGGAGUAAAUAGUUAUAUUAAUAGAACAUAGUUAAUAAUGAGUAGAAUUACUUAAUAAGAAAACAAGAAUCAAAGUUGAUUGUUAAUCUAUAUAAUAAAAUUGCAAUUCAGAGAAUUAACCUUAGAUAUAUAUAAAACGGAAGGUAAUGGUUUAUUUAAAAAUGGUUUAGUAAAUAAUAUAAGAUAUUGUACUUGCGAGUUUUUUGAACGGCGAAGUUUUUCUCUUAACCGUAAAAGUUUUAAUCUAAGUUUCGGGCAAUUUUCAAGGCAUUCCUUUGUUGGCCCUUAAUUCAUUAAGUUUUCUAUUAUUAUUAUUAUUAUUAUCUAUAUUUGUUCCAUUUUUAUGUUAAGUUAUAUGAAACCAAAGAUUUCCUUGUCAUAUGAGUAUUGUUCUCGCUGAAAUGAAUUUAUUUCGUGGAUGAAUAAGUUGAAAGAAACAUAGUUUAAUAUUUAACGUUUUAAUACCUAGCGUUUAUAUAACACUCUGUUUCAUUCAACUUUUGUGUUUUAUAGUAAGCUAAGGUUAAACUUGUCAUUUUUAAUGGAUUAAUCCAAAAUUUAAUAACUAGGUAAGGGUGAUAUUGGAAAUGAUUUUUUUAGAAUCAAUAGGCUAAGGUAUCGUAUGUUAUUAUUAAUUAUGUAAUGCAGUAAUCACUGAAAUAAAUGAAAA